CAGGACUCGGGACACUGAACUGGAGCAGACUGCAAUUUAGCAAUGGCGACGGGAGAGUCAACGCAAUCAAGUGAUCAGACGGCAACCAUGUCUUCAGUUACACCUCUUCACGAUGCCGUCUGUCAUGGAAAUCUCAAAAAAGUACAUGAGCUGGUUAGGUCUGGGGCGAAUCUUGGGACAAGAGAUAGUUUAGGGCAUACACCUCUGAUGUGUGCCGUAGCUUUAGACUAUAAACAUAUUGCUGAAUUUCUAUCAAAAAAAAUGAGUUAUCAGGACUUGAAUGUGAUGGACAACGCCCAGCGCAAUGUGUUACAUAUGAUGGCAUUCCUUGAUCGUCCGUGGCCACAGUUGAUGCAGGACAUAUCAAGUAUGUGUCCGAAUUUAUUACAACAGACAGACAAAACUGGACUUCGAUCGAAAGAUAUUGCAAGGAGAAGAAGUCGACGUGUUUACAAAAUUAUCGGUAAGUUAUCUCAGUCGUAG